AUGCCACCAAAAAAAGCACUACUUUUCUGUCUAGUUCAUGGUGAUCCUGAAAGUUCUGCAUUUGGAAUUAAAUAUGAUAAGAUUAUGACCGUUGACGAACUCAAAGAUGUCAUUAAGAAUAGACUGUAUCCUCUUUUAGAUGAUGUUUCGGUAAAAGACCUUACCUUAUAUAAAGUUGAUAUUAAUACUACUACGCAAAGCCCCCAACGAACCACUCUCAACAAUCCAAAUUACAAUAUUGUGAAUGAUUUGGGUGGUCAAAUGUUGAGUCCCAUGGAUACAAUGGAAGAAAAAUUUCCCGCGCCCACCAAAAAACAUAUUCACGUCAUUGUCGACGUGUCUGCCGUCGAUACUAGGAGAAAUGAUAAUAAAUUUAUUACCAGACUUGAUAAGAUUGAUAAGAAUAUUGAAGAAAUAAAAAGAAAAAAACCUUCGGUACAGAUAUCAGCCGUAACUGAAAGAAAUUGGAUGAAAAUUCAAUACCAUACUGGUCUUGAUUACCAAUCGACCUCAUUUGAAAUAGAAUUUCCAAAUCUCUAUUUAGAUCUAGGUUAUGAAAGUAUCGAGACUUUCAGAUGGACUGAUGCCAUAGAAAACUCACAAAAGGAAAGGUACAAAUUUUACCUCACAAAUAUACUUAAACUUGGCAGAUUUCUAAGACUCGGACUCUAUGAUUCAACUGGUGAUGGCAGUUUCCUUAGUACAAAUACCGAUUUCUUACCUAUAAAUCUUUCCGGAACAGCAGACUUGGUUAUAGUUGACAGGCAUUCUAUCACUAGUCAGGCUCAAGAGAAGCAUAUCCGAGUUCUCUUUAAGGUAAAGAAGGCUAUCAUUAAGAAACAUACAUUUCAAAUCAUGGCAGAGCUGAUUUCCGCAGAUUUAAAAUCAACAUAUACAGUCUUGGCUGUGUUGACCAAUCUGGUAGAUGAUUGGCGUUUUUUUUGGAUCAAAGGAAAAAUUAUAAUGAGGAUUACUCUUUCUAUGGAUCAAUCUGUGGCAUUGUUACGACAAAAUCUUACAUUAGCGGAAGACAAGUUGAACAAAUUGACGAAUCAAAGAAGCCCUCAAAUGGGUAUAGAAUCAAGUUCUUCUGAAGUAGAAGAAUUAAUACCUAAAAGACAGAAACUUGGACAUGUAUUGCAACUUCUGACGUAA